AUGGCGCGCCCGUUUCAGCCUUAUGAACCCGAGCUACAGAAGCUCUCGUCCAACGCAGAGAGCCCCAUGUCGCCGGUUCCAAGGGGAGAGACUCCAGUAUCGUUCAAGCCCAAUGUGAAUCGAGCAAAGACAAAACGCUGGGUAGAAGCGAAGAAGUAUUCGUAUGAUGGCAAUGACUGGGGCGACGACGAGUACGGCGAGUAUGACGACGAUGAGCCUCCACCGGUCCCACAACACAACCUGAAUCAAAGCACCGGAGAUCUUCCAAGCAUGUUCAAGCGGGAUACCUCGCGACCGCCACUCCCGUCGAUGGAUCGUUCUCGGUCGAUGGAUCAUGUAGCGACUCUUGCAGGGGAGUCGAGUCGCAGCCGAUCUUCAGAAGCCACUGCCGUCGAGCCAGCUACACGAACUGUUCCGAUCAUUCGUCCAGCCGAUAUCUACAAGCGUAUGAGGGCAGAUAGUGCGGCUCAGCAGGAUCCUAGUCAAUCAAGCCCAGCUCCUGCUCCUGCGAACGCGACUGUUCCGGGCCUCACGUCUGCUGAACUACACUUGCCGUCUACCAACGAAACACCAGCCGGAACAAACAAUUAUAAGCCAUUCCGACCACCAGGCGCUGGUGACAGUGUGCAGGAUGAACAACCACGUCAAGACACCCUCCAGUCUGAACCAGUAGGAAGCGGCACACCGACAGUUCAGCUCCCAGAUGUGAAACGUCUUUCAAGCUUUGACCCCGACUUCGCGGGCGAUUCAUACUUCCCUUCCUCCGAUGCCCAGGGACCUGAGCCUGAGCAGCAUCAACUGCAACACAAUCCCUCCAUGGGGUUCCGCUCUGUAGUUCAUCAAGCAUUUGAUGUGCCUGAUACGCCCAGCACGACGGUUGACAGCGUUGCACGAUCGAACAGCGAUAGCACAUCGGUGAUCAGCCCCAUUAUCUCUCAUCGGACUCAGAGCGACCUAAAGACACCCACAAUUGUGGAAGAGCCUGGCGAGAGUACGCCCCCGUCCAAGAAUGCGAGCGACGGGCUGGUUUUCAAGCCGGGUCACCGUCGUGAUAUUAGUCUUCCCAGCCCUAACAAUAGCCCUUCGAGGACACCCAAGGUCACAAAUAUUCAAGGCUCCCACCCAUCUGCAGCAGGCGAAAUGUCUGUCGAAACUGCGACUGAGUCUUCCUUGGAUUCGCAAUUGGAUUCGCAACCGGCUGGGCAAACACCACAGAUAGCUCCUGUGCAAGUCGCAGACAUCGGCCCUGAUCACCCUGCUCCUUUAAGUAUUGGUAGCCACUUGGUAACAUCGGCGCCUACAGUUACACACGACGGUGUCCCUAUCAUUAUACCUUCCAUGAGCACUGACGAUUCUCCUCAAGACACCGAGAGUGAUCGUUUGCGAAAGGAAAUCAUGCGCUCGUUGAGUCGCGAGAACACUCCCUCGAAGGAACAAGAAGAUGAAGAAGAAGAAUCGGUAGAACGGCCAGAGGCUCAACGCCAAGAUAGCCUCAUCCCAAGUGAAUAUGAGAGGUAUUGGAGCGCUGCAGAAUCUACAACCAGCCCCUUAGCCUUGGACCAGUCAACUCCAGAGUACGUCGCUUCCCCAGUUGCCCUGCAAGGUUCGAGUCCUCCGGUGUUGCCUCCUGCUGCUUCGGAGUCAAUUACAUCGCCUUCGACGGAGGCUUCAAAGUCAAAACUGGCACGACGCUUCUCGUGGGAAUCUUCGUCGUCCUCCGAAGAGCCUGCUCAGGCACCAAGUGUGCAGUCGCCUCCUGCUCCCAUGCCAGGACAGUUCCCCGUUUCUUCUGAGAAUCAAGUCCAGCCGGCCACGGAGACUGAUCGUACGGAAGCGAGUCCAGCGAAAGCCAUUCCGGUGGAGACCUUCUCUUCUGAUGAGGUUCUGAAUAAGUCCCCUGAAGAGAGCGAUAGCUCCGUUGGGCAUGAAAAGCCCAAGUUGACCAUAUUGCCUCCGGUGCCCGACAAUCGUAGCAUUAUCUCCGACAGUCAACUGCCGGAGGUUUACGAUGCUGAAGCCAUUCCCAAUACCUAUACGGAUGAUGCACCUGCCAUCGCUGGCCACCAGUUCCCACAGUGGACGCCUACAGCCCCUGCAUCCGUCGAGCCUACGCUACUGGGCUUCCGGGAGAUCUUAGCCAUGAAGAGUUCAGAGGAAAGGGUCCAGGCGUUUAACGAUACACGAACCAAGUUUGGAACAAUCGACACUGGGCUCAGUCACUGGCUUCAAGUCACCGUUCAAUCUCAUCCUGAGCACGCAGAUGUGGUUGAUAAGAGCACGAAACUUGCUACCAGAGGGUCCACGGUCGCUGUAACCCGCAAGAAGUUCGCCAAAUUAUCGUCGCUCGGAAACUUUGGCUCUUCUCAGCUCGAUGUCUCCUCGCCAUCUGGGUCUGGCCAUGUGCGACGACCGUCAGCUCCCCUGGGCGCCAUGAUGAACAAACAACAAGUGGAGCAACGAGGCAAAGAGCUGUUGCAUUCAGCCGGCGUCCUGGGUGGCCGGGCAGGCGAGGCUGCCAAGGGUCUGUUCGCUAGAGGCCGGAGCAAACUGAAGGGAGGUCAUUCUGACAAGGUAGAUUCAUAA